CCUACUUCGAAUAAAUUGAGACUGCCUUUUCUUAAUAAGUUGCCUUUCAUAAGAACCGUGAAGUAUAUUAUAAUCUACCAUUGACUUCACUGAAUGAUAUUCGUUAGAACCCGGACUUUGUGCCCGGCCCCAGCGUUAUCCCCGUCCAGCUUGCAUACACUCAUCAAGCACAGAUCGAACCAUAGGUCAGCGACAAAGCUCCUGAUGGCAAUACACGAUAAAUGGUGAAGAACAGUAAGAAGUUCAAAAAGUCCUUAGAAAAUAAUUUCUUCUUCAACUAACCUACGUUAUUUCAACCCGACCUUGUUUAAAAUGGUAUUUCACACUCAAAGCACCAUUUUCGGCCAGCUGAUGCGGCUUCUUUCGCGCGGUAAACUCUUCCGGUAUCCUGACGAGGUUGAUCCCUCCCUGUGGAAGAGGGUAGUCCGACAAGACAGGCCAGACACCCGCAAACGAAGCGACAACAAUAACGACCCGGCCCACGGAUCAGAUAAGGAGGUCUUGGAUGAUUUUCCGUGCAAACAAGCGACCACAGAUAACGGUAUUGGCCAAGAUGCCCUCUUGGUUGACUGGUACGGCGAAGAUGAUCCCGAGAACCCCCAAAACUGGCCCGGGGCUCUGAAACACUUGAUUGCCUUUCAAAUGUGCAUUCUAAACUUCGCAGUGUAUAUCGCGAGCUCCAUCUACGUCCCCGGCGAAGCCCUCCUCAUGCAGGAGUUUGGCGUCAACGAGACUGUGGCAAUCCUAGGCCUCUCACUCUUCACCCUCGGCUACGGCAUCGGCCCCAUGCUCUGGUCGCCCCUCUCCGAGCUGCCCAAGCUCGGGCGCAGCCGCAUCUUCUUCUGGACGCUGCUGGCCUUCAUCCUCCUCCAGCUGCCCGUCGGCCUCGCGCCCAACGCCGCCGUCUUCCUCGUCUUCCGCUGGGCGACCGGCUUCUGCGGCAGCCCCUGCCUGUCCACCGGCGGCGGCACCAUCACCGACAUCUACCCGCCGACCACGGUGCCGUACCUGAUCUGCAUCUGGUCGUCGGCGGGGGUUCUGGGCCCCGUGUUCGGCCCCCUCGUCGGCGGGUUCCUCGCGCCGGCGAUGGGCUGGCGCUGGACGGUCUGGGUGUUCACGCUGCUGUGCGCGCUCGUGCUGGGCGGCAUGUUCUUCUGCCUCCCCGAGACCAGCGCCGCCAACAUCCUCUACAACCGGGCGAGGCGGCUGCGGAAGGCGACUGGCAACGAGCGCUUGCGGAGCCAGUCGGAGAUCGAUGGUGCACACCAUACCGCGAGGGACACGCUCGUGAUGCUGGCCAGGGCGUUCACGCUGACUUUCCUCGAGCCGAUCGUUCUGCUCAUGGAUCUGUACUCCGGCCUGCUCUACGGGCUACUCUUCCUCUGGUUCGAGUCGUUCCCGAUUGUGUUUGGCGGCAUCUACGGGUUUAGUUCCGGGCAGCAGGGCCUGGUGUUUAUUGGAAUAUUGGUCUUCGCCGCUAUCUCCGUGCCUCUGUUUCUCCUGUGGAUCAAGCGGCGCCUGCUCCCUAAGAUGAUGUCGGGGCAAUUCAAGCCGGAGAUGUUUCUGCCGCCGACUUUUAUCGGGUGCUUCGCACUGCCGAUAUGUCUAUUUUGGUUCGGCUGGACUUCACGAGUAGGCGUUCACUGGAUUGUGCCCAUCGUUGGCUCCGGCUUGUUCUCCAUUGGUGUCGUUACCUUGUUCAACUCCCUGUUCAACUACAUGGGCAUCACGUACUCCCGGUACGCUGCGUCCAUCUUUGCGGGGAGUGCGUUGUUCCGUGCUUCUUUUGGCGCGACCUUUCCGCUUUUUGCGCAAUCGCUAUUCCGCUCGCUCGGGGUUGGUCCGGGUAAUUCGCUACUGGGCGGCCUAGCUACUCUGUUUAUUCCCGUGCCUUUCAUAUUUUAUUGGUAUGGCGAAAGAAUUCGAUCCUGGAGCAAGAACGCUUCGCACGAUGUCUGA